AGACAUAAUUUUGUGUGAAGUGGUUGCUGCUUGUUUUGUUAUCAAAAAUAUGUUAAAACAAGUAAAGUUACAAAUAAAGAUAGUUUAAAAUUCAUUCAAUUGUUAAUUUAGACGAAUUUCAACUUGGGCUUAAAUUAAAUUAGGCAAGGCCCAACGCAAGAAUAACGGAGGAAGUAUAUUAGAAUGAUACAAAGGUUUUGUAUCUGCAUAAUCUAAUUGUUUACGAAUACAAAGCCAUAAAAAAUGACCAAGGCAGCCAGUACUAGACGGGUCCGUAACCAGGCUUCAUCUCUUACUGUACCGAGACAGAAUUCAUUACCCGACAAUGGAAGAGCAAAGCAGAAUACUACCUGUGAAAUGCUUGCAGCAAUGAACAAAGAACAGCUUCGAGCUGAAUGCAGGAAACGUGGCCAACGAUCUUCUGGCAACAAAAACGAACUGUUGGCCCGGCUCGGGUACUACAAGCUGGCGGCGGCUGUGCAGCAAAACGACACGGACCAGCGUCCGCGCAACGGUCUGCAUAUGCAACCCAAAGAUAUCAAAAAUAAAUCCGUCCAAAUGGAUACAGACAGUUUGGUGAUAUGGAGGCGGCCGCUCACCACGCUAGAGUAUUUCUUUAGAGAACUCCUUAUAUUGAUCUCAACUGGCCUGCAAAGGUUGCUGGCCUACAAGUUACUAGCUUUAGUAAUAUUAUCAUUGAUAGCUGGUACUGUGACGUCAUAUUAUGUAGGUGGACCGCAUCAACCAUUUGUCCAGUUAGCAGUGGCGAAGUUGGCGUGGUGGGGUUGGUGGGUGGUACUAGGGGUUUGUAGCUCGGUGGGGUUGGGCACAGGCCUGCAUACGUUCCUGCUUUACUUGGGGCCACACAUCGCGCGUGUCACGCUUGCUGCAUACGAAUGCGGUUCUCUCGACUUUCCUGAACCACCUUAUCCUAAUGAUAUAAUAUGUGGUGGUGCGGUGGAGCGGGGCGCGGUGUCGGUGUGGAGCAUCAUGUCGAAGGUGCGGAUGGAGAGCAUGCUGUGGGGCGUGGGCACCGCGCUGGGGGAGCUGCCGCCGUACUUCAUGGCGCGCGCCGCACGACUCUCCGGCGGCACACUCGCUCAACUCACCGACAUCGCUGAUCAUAAUACUAGAACCGGCAGAGCUAAGGUGAUGGUGCAGAAGUUGGUGCAGCGUGUGGGCUUCGCUGGUAUACUGGCGUGCGCCUCCAUACCCAACCCACUGUUUGACCUCGCCGGUCUCACUUGCGGACACUUCCUGGUCCCGUUCUGGACCUUCUUUGGCGCAACUGUGCUCGGGAAAGCAGUCAUCAAGAUGCAUAUACAGAAGAUGUUUGUUAUUAUUGCCUUCAAUGAAGCUUUGGUCGGACAAGCCCUAGGAUGGGUAUCUAAGAUACCAUACCUUGGACCAAAGCUCGAAGCACCAUUAUUGGAAUUCUUACGUAACCAGAAGUCAAAGUUACAUAAACGGGAUCCAUCAGCACCUUUGCCUGAGAACCAGGGGUCAUUGGUGUCCAGUCUGUUAGAGAAGCUAGUGCUAACAAUGGUGCUUUACUUUGUUGUGUCGAUAGUGAAUGCGCUUGCGCAGAAUUACAGCAAGCGUAUAGGAAAGAGGAAGACCAAGAAACGGGAUUAGGGAACAAUGACGCCGGCCGAUGCUACAGAGAGACACGCACGGCGGCGUCCAGAGAGUACGCGACGUAGGUAGCACACGACAACUCACAUCUCAACAUCUCAUCCUCUAAAAACUGUUCUACAGGAAUAUAAACUCAUCUCCUCUAUGGUACAUCAAUACAGAAGUGCAAUAAAAGUUUAAAUAUCUAAGUAUUGUGAUUCAUUGUCUCAGUUUUUUCUGAGAGAAUUGAGAGAUAUUAUGCGAAAGUUCCAGCAGUGGAACCUUACGGUUACAUUAACAAUCAAUUGGUUUGUCUCAAUUUCGUUGAAGUUUCUCAGUAAACAGAGUCAUAAGGGACUUUAAAGUAUUUAACAAAACGUUCAAAUUAUAAUGCACUAUAUUCAGACAAGGAUAUCUGGCUUCUGGUUCUGUUAUAUUAUAAAUAUAUUAAACCUACUAAAGCACUGAAAAUGCAAUAAAAGAAAAAAGAAAAGACUGUGUUUUGAUAUUGACAGAGGGGCGCUAGUGAGCUGUCAUAAUUUAGUUUGUCUUUGCCUGUCGGGUCAGAUAACUUUGUCGGUCUAUACGUGUGCUUUGUCAACUGUGAAAUUCCAUUUUCAUGACAUUUGUAUUGUCAUUACACAUAGUGUCAUCUCUUACCUUCUCUUUGAGACAGAGACAAUAUGUGUCAUAAACAUGUUACAUUCUGUGUGACGAUAUUUGGACUUGAAAAAAGAGUGUUUAUAUUGAAAAGUUUGCUUCGCUUAUUUACAUAUUUAAUGAUGAAUGCAAGAAAUAAGACAUUAGUCGGAAUUAAACAUCGUGUCAAAUAAAUUGUAUUUAAUAUAAUUAUUACAAAUAUAGCACAUUGAAAUAUUUGUGAUCUACAUAUGUGUUCGUAAUGUUUGGAAGAUUUCUUUUUACAUUAAUACUUUAUGUUGUCGAGUGAUUGAUAAAUUAUUUCAUAAAUAUAAAUUCAACUUUUAAUAAUAAUCUAAUAUUGCAAUGAUAUUGAGGAGUUAAAAUGUCUUACAAAAUAUUUGUAUUAUACAUAAAUGGAAAAAAUUAAGUGGGUAUUUAAAUCCUAAGAAAGUACUAUGAAGUCACAAUAACAUGGUAGUUAGUACUGUCGUUUCUUCUCUACAAUAUUUUGAUUUGUAUGUAGUCAUACUUACCUUAUGUUAUUGUGCACGUGAAGUACAAUAUUAAAACAUAUGUUUUCAAAUAAAAAUGUGCGGGUCAAUGACCUCGACAUACUUUUCGAUUUGCAAGCUAUGACGUCACAAUAUGGCGGAUGUUAAGCACAUUUUUAUUUGAAUUGUAAUUGAGGAAUAGAAUAAAUUCACAGGGAUUAUGAAAUUUUUGUGGCUCAUUUUAUAAUGGUUGAUGUUGUUACGUGUGUGUAAAUCUAUGAACAGCUAUAGCGCGACCAGUGUUAUCUUGCCUUUGCCCGUGUGUUGUAUGAAAGGCUUAAUAUUAUAAUUUAUUUAAUAUCUGUUCUCGGCAUUUUUGGUUAGAAAAUCAUGGUGUAACAAUGCUACCUAGGAAAUAAUCUGUCCAAUUUCAAGAAAAUAAAUUAGAUUUUUAGUAUUGAAUUAUUUAUAUAUUUAUAACUUAAAUUAGAAUUUUAUCUUUCCAGUUGUUUUUUUUUGUAGCUUUUUGUUGGUAUAAUUUUUUAAUUUCACAAAGUUAAAAGAAGUGACAGAUUAAUAAAAUUUCAAAUAGUCAAAUUUCAAGUUUAAGUGGACAUUUUUAUUGUUAAUUUAUAUUCAUCUGCAUUAGGAAAUACUAAUUGUAAACUGUUUAAAACUCUUAGAAAAAUAGGUUUGAAUAUUUUUUAAACUUACAAUUUGCGACGACGUGCCAAAAAGUCGACAUAGAACUUGUUACCGUUAAAGAUAAAAAACAACAGUAGAUAAUAAAACUUGGUUAUGGUCGUUUUACCAGUUUUUAUUUCAUCUGUGUGAUUUUUCCAAAAAAAAUUAUUUUGGUGCUGUUCCUAAUUUUUUAACCGCGGUUUAUUUAAGUGUAAAACUUAUCUAGUCCGUAGGCAUAAAGGUAUUAUGUAUUUAUUUUAUAAUUCUAAUGUCAUCCAUUCUAUCAUAUCUUGAGUAUAAAGUUUACUAGAGAAGUUUGUUUUCAAUAGCUGGAUCUAAAAAAGGUACAUUUCAUUGUAAACUUUUUUCUAUGUGCAUGAGGUUUCAUUUUAUUUACAUUAUGAGAUAAUUUUAGGCAUAACUAAAUAAUAAAGUAUAUAAUUUUCAUAGUAUUUAUUAGGCUGCAAUUUUAUUAUUAAGUAGCGUAUGAAAGACAAUCGCUUUGUGCAACCCGUUUUAAUUACACGUUUUCUGUAGUAUUUCACAAUUUCUUUGUUUGUAAAAUCCAAUAUGAAUGUAUUUCUUUUAUAUUUUAACAUAAUUUUUGCAUUCCUUAUCAUUGAAAAUGUUUUCACCUACACGCACAUAUAAGUAUAAUUGUUUGUAUGUAAAAUAUAGCAUUUGGCUUCUCCAUUUUAAAAUUUUUUUUGUAAGGGCAAAACGGGCUUUUUUAACAUUCCACGAUGUUUUUAGAAUUUUGUUAGUUAGCAACUAUAACAUUAUAAAAGUAGUAUUCAGUGUAGGUAAAAAUGACUUUUGUUUUAUUGUAACAUAUUGAAUUUUGUUUUUUCUUAUGGGCACAUUGACCAUACUUUAUUAAUAGUACACUGUAUCCUCUUCUCUUUAUCACUAAGCUUAGGUUUUAUCCAAAUCUCUUCAGAAUUAAGUCAUAUUUAGCUAAAAUUGUAACUUUUGAUGUCGGAGAGGAUUUUAUCUAUUGAUAAACCUCAGGAAUGUUUAUUUGAAAUGUUUCAGUAUGACUUCAUAUUUUUUCUUUAGAAUAAUGAUUGAUAUUUGCAAUGUAUGUAUAAAGAUAUGAUUUAUAUAUUAGCAAGGUUUUGUAUAGUUACAUGGAGUGGUACAUUUAGUACAAAACAGCUAAAUUAAGGGUUUUAUAAAUUAGAGAGUUCAUACUCCGAAGCAAUAAAUGAGUGGUUAUGA